AUGUCUUUCCCCUCGGCAACCAAGAUAUAUCACACAGAGUCGUACGCGGCCAUCUCCCCAUCCCGCCCGGAGUUGUCGACCAAAGGCAAGCAUGCCUUCAUCUCCGGUGGCGGCUCGGGCAUAGGCGCCUCCAUCGCACAGUCCCUUGCAAAGUCGGGCAUCACGACCCUGGGUCUCCUUGGACGAACAAUCAAGACUCUCCAAGACAACAAGGCCGUCAUCGAGGCCCUGAACCGCGAUACCAAAGUCCAUCUCUACGUCGCCGAUCUCACGGACGCCGAGCAGACCAGCGCCGCCCUGGCCUCCUUCUCCGAGUCCGUCGGCGGCAAGAUCGACAUCCUCGUCGCCAACGCCGCCUACAUGGCCGACAUCGAAUCCAUCCCCGACUCCGACCCCUCUGACUGGUGGCGCGCCUUCGAGAUCAGCGUCCGCGGCAACUUCAACCUCCUCCGCGCCUUCCACCCGCACGCCUCCCCCGCCGCCUCCGUCAUCCACAUCUCCACCGCCGCCAUCCACCUGCCCCACAUGCCCGGCCACUCCGCCUACCGCGCCUCCAAGAGCGCCGCGACGAAGCUGUUCGAGUACUACCGGGACGAGAACCCGCAGUUCUUCGUGCUGCAGGUCCACCCGGGCCUCAUCGAAACGGGCAUGGCCGAGAAGUUCGCGUCCGCGGUAGUGGAGCUGGGGCUGAAGUACGACGACGUCGCGCUGCCCGGGGACUUUGCGGUGUGGGCACUGAGCGGGGAGGCGGCCUUCUUGAACGGGCGGUUCGUGCAUGCGAACUGGGACGUGGAGGAGCUGCACGGACUUCGGGAGGAGCUGGAAAAGGACCAGGGCCGCUUCACCAUCGGGCUGCAGGGCUGGUUCUAG